AUGGCAUUAACAUUAUAUGUUGUUAUAGCUGUUAACAGUGGAAUGUCAUUCAUGCUGUCAUCGAUAUUAGUGGUAUUAUUGUUCUCUGGUAUGCAGAUGUACAAAGUUUGGCUCAGCUCGUCACAAUUGGGAACCAUUCUCGGAGGAUUGAUUGGAUCUUUGUUGUUUAUGUGUACAUUGACUGCUGUGGGAAAUCUUGAAAGUACUUUAUUCGGAAAGUCUUUCCAACAGAAAUUACUUCCAGAAGUGGUCUUCUCAUUGACUUUAAGUUUAAUUGCUUCUGCCCUAAUUCACCGUGUGUCUACUACAACUUGUUUAAUAUUCUCUCUAGUUGCACUGUAUUAUAUGAAUAGAAUUUCUCAGGAAACGUAUGGCGUAUCUAUACAAAAUACAGUUAUGCAGUCCAAGAAACGCAAGUGAAUAAGCAUAAGGAUAUUUGUGCGACAUAUCUUUUUACUAUUAUGUACACCAUAAUAUAUCAUACAUUCUACGUAAAGCUUCCAAUUUGUAAUAAAAUGCCAAUUGUAAA